AUGGGACCUCGAGACAAAAUGAGUCCACGUGCCAGGAGGUGCAUUUUCAUGAGUUAUCCUACCUUACAAAAGGGUUAUUAUGUUCUAGAUCCAUCAACAGGAGAAUUUUUCGUUAGCAGGGAUAUCAUUUUUCACAAAACUAUCUUUCCAUUUCGUGAAUCUACAGAAGAUUUGGAUAUCUCAACUAGUUCUCAUCGUUCUUCAAUUGAGGAAAAUAUAUCUCCUGAAUAUUUUCUCGCAGCAUCACCAGGAAAAGUCAUUCCACCUUCUUCAGUUGAUCAGUCGACUCAAAAGGCCACAUUGGAAAGAGACCCUGCUCUUCCAAUCAACACUGAAGAUGAUUCUGGUGAACAAACCACCAAUAAUGCUGCGGAAAUAUCUUCACCUCCACCACCAACGAAUCAUCCACGUCGUUCGGGGCGAGCUACGAAACCGCCAGCGUGGACCAAAGACUAUGUCUGCGCCUCACUAAACGGACCAGGUAUUCACUAUCCAAUAUCUUCAUAUGUCUCCUUUGACAAACUUUCAUCGAAGCAUAGAUGUUGCAUUAGUCGUAUAUCAGAUGAGAAAGAACCGUCUAGUUAUCAUGAGGCAUCCAAAGACCUACGGUGGCAAAAGGCCAUGGGAGUAGAAUUACAGGCCCUAUCUGAUAAUCACACAUGGGAAAUAGUUCCUUUGCCCUCAAAUCGGAAAUCCAUAGGAUGCAAAUGUGUUUAUAAAGUAAAGUAUAGAGCUGAUGGAUCCAUUGAACGCUACAAAGCUAGAUUAGUAGCGAAGGGAUAUACGCAACGAGAAGGUUUCGAUUAUCACGAAACUUUUUCACCUGUUGCUAAAGAUGUCACCGUCCGCUCUUUCUUAUCAGUUGCAGCUAUCCAUGAUUGGGCGUUGCACCAAAUGGACAUUCAUAACGCUUUUCUUCAUGGAAUUUCUCUCAGUCAGAGGAAGUUUGUGUUGGAGAUUAUAUCAGAGGCCGGUUUAUCAGGAUGCAGGCCAGCCGUCAUUCCAAUCGAGCAAAAUAUCAAAUUGACUACAGCAGACCACACUGGAGGAACUUCUCAGGAUGACCCUAUAUUACAGGAUCCGACGAGUUAUCAGAAGCUCGUUGGAAAACUGAUUUAUCUGACUAUGACCAGGCCUGAUAUAUCAUAUGCAAUGCAGAAUCUUAGUCAAUUUAUGCACAAACCGAAGGAAUCCCAUAUGAAUGCCGCUCUAAAGGUCGUGAAGUAUUUGAAGGGAUGUCCAGGACUCGGGAUACUUCUAUCUAGAAGAUGCAACAUGGAAAUGACAGCAUAUUGUGAUGCAGACUAUGCAACGUGUCCUAUGAGUCGAAGAUCCAUAACUGGGUUUUGCAUUAAGUUGGGAGACUCUCUUCUUUCGUGGAAAACCAAGAAGCAAGCAACAGUUUCUUUAUCCUCAGCUGAAGCAGAAUAUCGGGCCAUGGCAAAGACCACAUGUGAAAUUGUGUGGAUACGAGGAUUACUUGGUGAUCUCGGAAUACAGCUAAAAGGUCCGACGAAGUUAUUCUGCGACAAUGAAUCAGCUCUGAAACUUGCGGCAAAUCCUGUAAUGCACGAGAGGACCAAGCACAUAGAAGUGGAUUGCCAUUUCACUCGGGAGAAGAUUCAAGAAGGGAUAAUCGAGACAAGAGGGAUUGGAACUACUGAACAACCUGCAGAUUGGGCUCGCGGGACCCCCUUGUACAACCAGAUGGUGAGUCGAGCCACAGCGGCCGUAAAGAGCGGGGGCACCAUAAGGGCGUUGCUUUGGUAUCAAGGGGAAAGCGACACGGUGGUUCAGGCGGACGCUGAGGCGUACAGGACCAACAUGGAGAAGCUCAUCGGGGACAUUCGCACCGAUCUUAACAGCCCUUCUCUUCUCAUAAUCCAGGUGGCCCUUGCAUCAGGAGAAGGGAAAUUCGUGGACACGGUGAGGAGCGCGCAGCUUGGCAUAACGCUGCCCAAUGUGAAGUGCGUGGACGCAAAGGGCUUGGACCUCAAGAGGGAUCGUCUUCACCUCACCACCACCAGUCAGGUUCGCCUCGGUUCCAUGUUGGCCGAUGCCUUUCUCGCUUCUCGGUGA